GUGACAUGGAGCCAGAAUCUCCGCAGUCGACCAAUGCCGUUCGCCGUAGACCGAACAACUCCCGCCCAUACCGGUCAAAGCGACAUCCGCCGUGCGACGAAUGCCGUCGGAAGAAAUUAAGAUGUCAGGCAGACAGUCACAGCAGCUGCCAGCGGUGUCUGACUGCUGGUUAUCCUUGUUCUUUUGCCUACCCUCUCCACCGACACCCUGGUGCAGCGCUGCCAAGGUCGAGCGUAUCAUCAACACAACAAGUGGCGACCAUCAAUUUUACUCAACCUGAGCAGGUCUCAACGGCUCAGCAAUCACAAUCAGCACAUCUGUCAACUAACUCACCGCCAUUGGACCUGUUUACCCCUGACCCUACGGGUAUUCCUUCGGCUUCUGUCGAUACUCGCGCCCAGACGCCGUAUCCUUCCGUCGAAAGGCACACACACCAAACCAUUCAGACCCUCGAUGGCUUGGAUGGAUUCUCAUACCAAGUUAUUGGCGCUUCGGGAGAGUCAGAUCCGUGGCUGCUGAGGCACUGCAAGUUCAAUGACAAAGGGUUCCUUCUGUCCCACCAAGUGCACUUUCGAAACGCAGGUGGUGUUCCGCUGGAUGAGAAGAUUCCAGUGCAUUUCCUUGUAACCGCCGAUCAGCUCUAUGAGUCCUCAGGACAGAGCCCAGAAUGUCCUAGCUCGAGCCUUACGCGGGAGGAGCUCAAUAGCGUUGUUUCAGAAGAGUGUGGACAGAAGCUAGUGAUUCUUUUCUUUAAGUUCGUGUUCCCAACACUACCAGUUCUGUCCCGCUCGCAAUUCGAUCUCGCAGCAGCUGGUACUGUGCCGGAUCAAAGUACGCUUCAGAGAACACCCGUAUGUCUUCUUGCUGCAGUCUACGCAUCAGCAUUGCCAUUCGCCAAGUUCGACGACUAUCUCUGCCUCAUCUAUGCAUACUCUCUACCUUCAACUGAGCGACUAUGGCACAUGGUCCGAGCACUUGUCUUGCGGGAGGGUCACAAUCCUCGCUUAGCUACAUUACAAGCAGGGAUUCUCUAUCUUCACCGACCAGUCAGUACAACGGAGAGCGCGGUGGCUGACAGUGUGUCGGUUUGGUCUUUUGUCGGUAUGCUCGUGGGUAUUGCAACAUCGCUUGGACUUCAGUUGGAAUGCCGACCGAUGGGUCUGCCCGCGUGGGAGCGGAGAACACGUCGUCGGUUAUGGUGGGCUAUAUACGCUGAAGACAAAUGGCGCAGCUUACUUAUGGGGCGCCCUCCUUACAUCAGAAACGAUGAGUGGGACGUAACGGACUUGGAGGAUGAGGAUUUCUCAGUUUCGGAUAGUCUUCGUGAUGCCUUACAGUCCGCGUCAAACGACGGCAACUCUUCGCAUGAGGUUUGGUAUGCUCAGCCGUUCCAGCAUUUCAUUCGCCUGUCUCGCAUUGCGGAUGAACUGCAACAGUCUUUAUACGCGCUCAGGUCAGCACAGCGUUUAUGCUCUGAUUUUCACGCAACGCUCGAAAUCGCCCGUCCUCUUCUCAAGAAGUUGAAAGAAUGGUCUGAGCACUUACCCAUAUCUCUACGCCAGCACAGUCGUCUUACAAUCACAAUGGAGAGUAUCGCCUCACAAUCCAGCUGCCUUCGUUUUGCCUGCAUCCUCUUAGAAGUUUUCGUUUUUCGCGCCUUACUGCGACCGAUGGUUCGCUCUGCCGCUCCGCCGCCCUUGUAUGAGGAAACCCACGAGAUACCUGGUUUCGCUGGUCAGUUCGACGACCUCAUUAAUCAACUAUUUGAAAUGGACGAAUUUGAGCCAUCGUUGGCGAUUGAUUUGUCAGAUGAGAAUGGAAGUGGCAGUGCGGUGCUCCAAGCAGCCGAAAGUUGUGCAGCAAAGGUGCUCCGUACGGUUAUGCGACUAGGCUAUGGGGAUAUGUCAGGUUUUUGGUACUCAUGGUCCCGUAUCGGCUUUGCGACCGUCUCGAAUUUCCUGAUCCUUCUUCUAGUGCAGGCACCGACAAAAGACCACGGUCUUCGCGCCAAGCGUCUUGUAGACCUCUGGCGGGUCGCACUGCGAAAUCAGAGUAAAAGUUCCUCAGUGGUUGGUCUCGGGCUUGUUAGGCUGGAGGCAGCGCUGUGGGCCGGGCUGAGUAGAAAUUACUACCUGCCGAGGCAUGUCAAGGAGAUUCUCGAGAGACGGUAG